GGGUGAAAUACACGUCCAACCCACGACAUCAGCUGUUGUAUUGCUCAGUUGUCUCACAGUCUCUCGGUCCGUCACUUGACAGUGCGCGGUUUGGAUCGUAAUUCGUAACUUCAGUGAUUCAAUGGACAUGUGAAAAAACUCUUGAUUGCUCUGUUACCUUUUGAUUUGAACCAGCGGUGCGUGGAUCAUGGAUUUUGCAUUCGCUGUUUUGUAUUCACUCGCCUCUAUAUUGGCGCUUCGACCAAUUUGUGCGGAAGACUUUGGAUAUGACGGCGUUAUUGGUCCUACAUACUGGGGCGAGAAGUUCCAGGAAUGCAGAGGGAAACAUCAAAGCCCCAUUAACAUAAACGUGCUCAGAGUGAAGCAAGUGGCACUCCCUGACAUCGCAUUCAUCGGGUUUGACGACCCGAUAGAUAAUGUACACGUCACUAAUAACGGACAUACAGUGUUGAUAGAAGUACAAAACGAACCGCAUCCAAGGGUAAGCGGCGGACCACUCGAAGGGAAUUACGUGUUCAGUCAAAUGCAUUUCCAUUGGGGCGACAAUGAUACUCUAGGCUCUGAAGAUAAGAUCAACCAUAGGAGUUUUCCAAUGGAGCUACAUAUGGUGUUUUACAAAGAAGAGUAUAAAUCAGUUAAAGAAGCGGUAACGCACACAGACGGACUGACUGUACUCGCCUUUUUCUAUGAGUUGGACCGACAUCAGCACCCAGCCUACGAUGACAUAACAUCUGCCUUGGGCAAUGUAACUGAACCACAUUCGAGCGUGGUCAUGAAAAACCCAUUCUCGUUUCUUAAUAUUUUGCCCUACGAUUUACGAAGAUAUUUUACAUACAGGGGAUCAUUGACUACGCCGCCGUGCUCUGAAGUUGUUAUAUGGUUAGAUUUCGAGCAACCUGUCAGAUUGACCCAUGAUCAGAUAGAAGUAUUUAGAGAAUUGCGUUCAUCCAACGGAAAGAUAAGGCACAACUUCAGGCCAAUCCAGCCUAUCGGCGACCGAGUCGUCUUCUACAAUAUCGAUAGUAACUAUUACACGUACAAUGAAGUAGAUGAACACGACGAGGACUCUACAGAAUGGCCUACAGGAAGGAAAAGGAGGCGAAAUAACGGCAACUUAAUUCAAUUUAACGUAUUCUUAGGUAUAUUGAUGUUAGUUAUAAUAUAUUAUGUAUAGGUAGUGUAGCGUUGCAUGUUAGACUUAAGACCUGAUAAUAGGUUGAUUAAAAACAUUUACUAUCUUUGAAAUACAUGUAUGUACCUAUUAGUGUGAUAUGCAUGUUUUAAAUAUUAUUGACCGAUUAUAAUAUUUUUAGAAUCUUUGUAUAUUAUAUUGUGUAUAUCUAAGCAAUGAUUUUUCUGCGAAAAGGCAAGUGUGUUUAAAAUUACGAAUGUUAUAUAACAUUGGUGAAUAAUACUUGCAAAUAUUUAAUAAGUAGAGGCAAAUUAUACAAAUGUGAAAAUUAUUGGAAACAUUGUGCAAUAAUAAACUAUGCACUAACAAUUAUUGAAAACUUGAUAUACUCUGGUUAAAUAAUGAAUUCUACAAUUAUAUAGUGUACUGUGAAAUACUGUUAAUUUUAAAUAUUAAUUUAUUAUUGUGAAAUCCACGAGAUAUUAACCAAAAUGUAUUGCUUAUAAAACUGCACUGAAUUUAAUUUAUUAGUAAAAUGUUUUUAGAGUGAGAGUAUUAAUGUAAUGAUGACGAUGGAUUGUAAAACUGUGAUAAUGUAAAAUAAAUACAAAUAAAUAUUUUUUUGAUUGUU